AUGGACGCGCAGGGGCUGGAGUGGCUGCUCGUGCCCGUGCGGCGGCUCGCGUCGUGGGGCGCCGCGGGGGCCAUGGUGUUCGGCGGCGUGGUGCCCUACGUGCCCCAGUACCGCGACAUCCGGCGCAGCCAGAACGCCGAGGGCUUCUCCACGUACGUGUGCCUGGUGCUGCUCGUGGCCAACAUCCUGCGCAUCCUCUUCUGGUUUGGAAGGCGUUUUGAAUCCCCUCUUCUGUGGCAAAGCAUUAUCAUGAUCAUCACGAUGUUACUGAUGCUGAAGCUGUGCACUGAAGUACGUGUGUCCAACGAGCUAAACAUCAAGCGUCGCUCUUUCGCAGCUGCAGAUAGUAAGGAUGAAGAAAUCAAAGCACCUCCCAAGAGAUCUUAUCUGGAUUUUGACUUGAACUAUUUUUGGCAUUGGAGCAAGUUCACCGACUACGUGCAGUGCGUCCUGACCUUCACUGGGGUGACGGGUUACAUCACGUACCUGUGGCUGGACUCGUCCCUCUUCGUGGAGACGCUCGGCUUCCUGGCCGUGUUCACCGAGGCCAUGCUGGGCGUCCCCCAGCUCUACCGCAACCACCGCAACAGGUCCACAGAGGGAAUGAGCGUCAAGAUGGUGCUGAUGUGGACCAGCGGGGACACCUUCAAGACUGUUUACUUCGUCCUGAACCAGGCCCCUUUGCAGUUCUCCAUCUGCGGCCUGCUGCAGGUGCUGGUGGACAUGGCCAUCCUGCUGCAGGUCUACCUGUACAGCUCCUACCCGCAGAAGGCGGCGGCGCACCCCGCGCACCCGGCCAGCGCCAAGGCCCUGUGAGCCCCACAGCGGCCCGGCCGCCCCACGGCG